GAGCUUCCACCUGAGCCGGUGGAGGGAUUCCGGGGCGCUGCUAUGGAGGGGUGUAGCGAGCCACAGCUGGAUGCUAAGGCCAAGGUCACCAACCAGCUAAUAGAUUUUCAGUGGAAGCUGGGUAUGGCUGUGAGCUCAGACAGCUGCAGAUCACUUAAGUAUCCUUACGUUGCAGUGAUGCUCAAAGUGGCAGAUCAUUCAGGCCAAGUAAAGAACAAGUCCUUCGAAAUGACAAUUCCACAGUUUCAGACACUUGGGUUGUUUCCAUACCUUGCUAUUGUGAGUAAUGCUGCAUUGAACGUGGGAGUGCAGAUAACUUUUUGAGGUAGUGAUUUUAUUUCCUUUGGAUGUAUACCCAGAAGUGAGAUUUGUGGGUUAUAUUGUAGUUCUGUUUUACAAAUUACAUUUUAAGGAUGUUCUCUCCUUUUGAUUCCUAUUUUUAGAACGGCUGUGUCUGCUGUAGAACAAAAAAGGGUCACAGAUUCAUUAUUUUUAAUGCUAAAUGGUGUCUUGGAAGCAAAUUAGGACUUGGUUGGAAGGAAAUAAAUGUAGUGUAUUCUGAUAUGUGAGUAGCUUUCAACUGAACAUAAAGACCAAAUCUACUUCAAAAAGGAAUAUAGGUUUCAGUCCUUUUGUAAUUCAUAAUACUGGCCUAAUUCUUAUUUUUCUUUGUCACAUUUGUGCUCCCUGAUUCCACCUCUUAAAAUUUUUUUCUCAUAGUAAAAAGAUCACAAAUGGGGCAACUCUUUUAGAGGUAGUUUUUACGUGGCUUACAGCUAACCAGGCAAACAGCCUGUUAGUCACAUUAUAGGACUGAGCGCCAAGGAGCAUUCUUUGAGCUUUUGACUUUUAUCUUUCUAGUAGCUGAAAUUAUGAUCAUGAGUAUAUAUUUUUUAAGAAAUGGUUACUUCCUCCUUCGUUCCAUAAUAAACUUACAUAUGAGUUAAAACAAAAUACAGAUACUAUUUUAAGUAGCAAAAUAGAGAAUUAAGUCCAAAGAAGAGGGAAAAUACAAGGAUGUGAAUCAUUAGAGUAUAUCAAAUUUGCUUCCUACUUCUCGGCAAGUAGAGGAUAAGAAAGGAAAACAGAAUUUGAUCCCUUUUUUAUCUGAUGUUUUAUCUGAUGCCUUCUACAGGAGAACUACCAUACCAGCUUAGUUUUUAAUUGAAAGAGAAAUAAGCUUCUACCAUGUAAGCUACUGUCAGUGUUGGGUCCCUCUUAGUAUAACUGACAAGACAGUCCCUAUCACCCUGAAAUGCAGUCUUUCACUGUAUUAAAAGUGGUUCAGAGCCUGGGAACCAAUCUGUCAUUUUUUUAAAGUCUUCAUUGUUGAGAACAGUGCUGGGCAUUUAAUAAAUCUUUCUGUUGUGAUCUCAAAGAACUUUGUUGGAUUCUUUUAAAAAGCUUAUUUAUGAGCUAAUUAUCCAACCCUACAGUAGUAUUUUUGCUUGCACCAAAUUACACCUGUUUGUUUCUUAUAGUAACUUUCGAAUAAUAAUGGUUGAGGAAGUAACAUUAAAAUGCAAACUUAAUAUGUUCUAGAGUCUCUGCUGGUUAGAUAUAAUUAAAAGAACUACUUAAAUAGCCUCUAAAAGCAAAAUUAAUAUUGUUUUUCCC